CGAUCACUUCACAUUUUGUAAUCCUAUUUCGAAAAUGUUCUGUAACUUUUCACUGAAAUUGAUUAUGGCAAAUCGCAGACACUUUUUAGCGCUUUGAGUCCGGAAACUGAGGGACAAUUUAAAUAAGCGAAAAACAGAAUUCGCUUUGACUUGUAGUCUUCAAAAGGUGGUUCGGACGCUGGCAUUUAGAGGUCGUAAAAAAUUCCACAAUUCAUUUUAUUCCAAAAUUAUUGCUAUAGUUUGAUAGUCAGCUCUAUAAACUUAAGUUUGAUAUAGGGGUUUAGGUAUCUACAGCUAAACCGGGCGUGCUACGUCGCUUGGACGCGAGACACCUCUAAAGGUAUUCGGUAACGCUAGCCAAUCAUUUGGAACAAUUUGUAUGCUCCACACGCCUAGAAAAUAUAUUGCACGUGGUUUCUUACAGUAAUCCCAAGAAUAAUGAAUCAACGUGGCCGAAACUUCAAUUAACAAAAUCGCAUUUUCUAGUACUUGUGACGUUAUUAUGGUGUUGUCACCAAGAGGUAAAUAUUUGCACAAAAAUUGUAAUCGAAGUGGAUUGGAUCAUAAGAUUGUUAACGACGUGUGCCCCUGAACGUAAAAUUGCAGCCAAAGCAUUGAAGCGUUUACUAGAAUGAACUUUGUGACGCAAUUUCUGCACUUAUAAUCACCAUUCAUGUGCUUUGAUGCAAAGCUUUUAUCAUUAAAAAGAGGGUUUAAAACUUAUUCAGAAGAAAACGGUAAACAAUACGUACUUACAAAUUACGACGUUAUUGUUUGCUUUUUUUUCGCGCUGUGUGACCGUGACACAGGGAACGUAGUUUUGAACGUAAUUAAAGAAAUAUCUCAUCAAGGGACGUAUCUAAAGACAAAAUUCAGUGGCGGAUAUUAGAGUUAAAACAAGUUUCCUGGGCUAGAGAGUAGUUCUAAAACAGAAUGCGAUAGGCAAAGAAGCCCAAUUGUAAAAUUGGAAUUAAAUUAUUCGUACUUCGCCUGGAAUGUUCUGCGUUUGUUUGUUAAACAAAAGAUGUCAUUACAUGCAAAACACUGCGUGGACAACUGCAGAUACAGAACGUGACUUCUCAACAAAAAAAUGUUACAAAACAGACGCUCGUUUCGUGGGCUAAAUUAAUUGCGUUCGGUAUCGGACAAUGGCCAAAACGUAUACGAGUCAAGUCGCAGUUUGAGAGAGAUUUCAAGAGACAAAUCUUGUGUUUCAUUAGUUACUAAGGCAAUCAAUAAGUUAUUAGUAUACUUCGCACUUCGGGACCAUAGACAGUUCAUUACUUUCACUAACUGUGGUCUUUGAAAGAAACCGCCUCCUUUGAAAGCAAUUAGAGCUUGUGUUUACGACGGGUGAAGAACCUUGGUUACCAGAAAGAGGUGAAAAAAAUUGAAUUUCGUUCAGAAGGAACAUGUUUGCCUUUGGAGAAACAGUUGAAAGGACUCCCAAAGAUUUCGCAGCUGAGAGAGCGCGUAUAAGGAAAGGAAAAGUGCUAGGGACAAGACAAUCUAUUGAACUGAUUCAAACAAAGGAGAGUUUAGUUCUUCCUAACAUAACAACUACACAACCAACACAAAACUGCAAAACAGCUUGUGAAAGUCGGAGGGAAGUAAGAGAAGCAAUGAACGGACAAGAAAGGAAAACCAUUCAACAGAUCGCAAAACCAGGUCGGCUCCGAGACAGUGCGUAUAUGUCAGAAGAAUUUGGAGGUAAAUGCGCCGAAGACUUAGAAGGAUUGUUUAUAUCUAAACUGAACUUUCAAAGCGGAAACGUAGACGAUUCCCCCGAACUUUUCUCGUCAGGCUACGAAAAGAAACAAAGAAAACAACGGAGUCGUCUUUCGAAAACCGACAGUGGAUUUUGCGAAGAUUUUAUCGAUGAAACAGCUACACCGCUCUUCGUUGAUUCUCCGAAUGAGUCCGACAAGGUGUCGAACACUUCCAACAGUUCGAGAUCGGAAACUUCACCUGAUCACACGACAGGCAAUCGUGUUUCGCGCAGUGAAAAGACACGGAGAAUAACAAUGGACUUCAAGACGAUUUUAAACCGGGAUAAUAAAACUGUUGUAAGAAACACAGACAGGUUGACAACACGAGCCAAUAUGUGUGUUCAGUCGCAGCAAUCCCUCCAUGCAGAUCUGGUAGCGUUUAAAAGUUUUUCAACUCAUCACAAUGGUGAAACGUCGAACUGCACUUUACAAACAAAUGAACAUUGUGUUAAACUAAGGGACGUUAUCUUAAAGACCAGGCGAAAUUCGUAUGACGGCGAAGCAAUAAAGCAAUCAGAUACUUCACUGGCCGUUCUCAAAACCAGGCGCCGCCUUUUAGGAAAACGCAGUUCGGCCGGUCCACCGUUUCCUUUCACGGAACGGCGCGUUAACAAAGAACAUGUAGUGGAUAUGAGCAGAGCGACUUGUAACUGCGGACAACGCCGAGUUGAAUUCUCGGAUCUUGAAAGACUGGAUUUAAACAGGCAAUGUAUUAGCUGCCCUGUCGAUUAUGUGACUUCUCAACAGAUUCAAGACAGAAUUUCACCGCGCGACAAUGAAAAUCGUGCUGACUUAGUUUGCGCCGUGUCAACCUCUGGUUUGACGGAGAAAGUUUUGUUAGAAACAUCGCAAUCACAAGAAACUGUGGACGUUAAUGUUAAAUGCCAAGAGUGGCUAAACAGAUGGCUUUUGUUUAAUAAUUCACCGCAAACUGCCGAAAGUUCAUCAGCAGUUUCUUAAACUGUUAUAAAAAGCCAGCAGAAGCAGAAAGCCAGUGAACGUGAAACAAAAACAAGCCGCUGACAAAAAUAUAAUGUAAGCUUGAGCAAGUACAGUUUUGCCGUUGUAAAACUUUUUCUUUUUGCUAUAACCUGCUUUGUUUAGCAAACUUGUCAAACUUAAACGUCUCUGUUAAAUCGAGUUGCCUUGCAUUGAGAAAAAUCAUUGAUACAUUACAACUCAUACACUUAAGAACAUACGGUAGUUUUGUCAAUUCGCUCCCGUUGUGGUAGUCUUCUCGUUGCUCCACUUAAAUUUUCUGUUUCAGAACUAAUAAAUAACGUCUAAAGAUA